CUUUCCAGAGGAAGAGGAAUGUCAGACAGGACUCGUAUGUCAACACUGAAGAUCCUCCGGAGAGAGGCGUACUCCCAACAACCUGAUGGUCCUUUGAUGACGCUUUCUAUCUCUUUUCUUCGCGGACAUUGACUUCACCCAAGAGAAGAGCAGCCGCCUAGCCCUAGUGUUCCCCGGACGAUGACAGAGUUUGCACGGAGUUAAAUCUGCAAUCUUUACACAUAUUUAAAUCAGAGGGGAGGGGGGGAAUUGGUGGGAAUCUGAUUAGCUUUAGCCUUGAGGUUAGCCUGUUCGUUCGGUAGAUUAUAAAUCCAUUCCAACCCGUGUGGCACACUGUUGACAUGAUGUUUCCAUCAUCGAGACACUCGGCGUCAGCACAGUCCGGUCAGCCCCUGAAGUUCACCACCUCGGAUUCCUGCGACCGCAUCAAGGAUGAGUUUCAGUUCCUCCAAGCACAAUACCACAGUUUGAAGAUGGAGUGUGACAAGCUGGCCAGUGAGAAGUCAGAGAUGCAGCGUCAUUACAUCAUGUAUUAUGAGAUGUCGUAUGGCCUGAACAUUGAAAUGCACAAACAGGCUGAAAUAGUCAAGCGGCUCAGUGGGAUCUGUGCCCAGGUGAUCCCGUACCUGUCCCAGGAGCAUCAGCAGCAGGUGAUGGGCGCCAUCGAGCGAGCCAAGCAGGUCACGCCCCCAGAGAUGAGCUCCAUCAUUCGGCAACAGCUGCAGGUGCACCAGCUGUCCCAGCUGCAGGGCCUGGCGCUGCCCAUGACCUCCCUGCCCAUGGGGCUGACCCCGCCCACGCUGCCCGCCGUCUCCUCCAGCUCCGGGCUGCUGUCCCUCACCUCCAUCCUGGCCAACCACUCCCACAGCCAGGCCCAGCUGGCCAAGGAGGACAAGGCCAGGGAGGCGGCCGAGAGGGAACAGCGGGAAGAGGAUGGGGACAAGUCGGACUAGCGGAGAGGGGGCGAGAGGGGGGAGGCGGGCGGGGCGGACCAGACUAACCAAUGACGGAAGAGGAGAGGUGGGAGGAAAGGUGGAGGUAGCGUGUGAUUGGAGGAGAGGGAGGGAGGACGGGAGGAGGUGAUAACGUUUAGAGGAGGUCAGCGUGAGGCUCUAGCUAGAGGCUGUGGGGUCAGCGUGAGGCUCUAGCUAGAGGCUGUGGGGUCAGCGUGAAGCUCUAGCUAGAGGCUGGGAGGUCAGCAUGAGGCUAUGAGGUCAGCAUGCACAGCGUGUUGUUGCUUCAGAGGAGCACGCUAACCGGUGAAUGCUAACGGCAGCGUCCCCCGCAGUGUUCACAUCCUUCAGGAGUCCUACCGUACUCCAUCUCCCACAAUCCUCCUCUUCUGUUUGGUUCUUUUUGAUUAUCGCUUUAUUGAAAGAAAAAAAAAAUCUAAACUGUAUAUUUCAUCGUUUUGUUUGGGGCUGUUUUUCUUUCGUUUUCUUUGAGGUAUUUUUGUUCAUCCUCCCCGAUAUGAAAUGUACUCCUGUUCUUUCCUCUUAACUGCCCUGUGUGUUGCUUUCAUUCUGCUCUCUAAUCGCACAACUUUUUAUCAGUUACCCCCCUAAUAUUUCUGGACCACGAGGCGAUUCUCUGAACCGGGGGCCAAGAUGGCCGCCGCCUGGAGCUCGACGAAGCGCUUUCUUGGAUCAACUUGUUGUCCUCUACUGAGCUCAUCACCUCAGCCUUGUACCUCACCCCUACAAAAAGUGUAUUUUCCAUCAGUUAAACAUACUGUUUUACCUUUUAACUAUAAAAUCAUAGUGAAAACAUCCUAGUGUCAAAUAU